AUGAUCAAACGUGACAAAGGGGAGUACGACGAAGCCUUGGUGCACUACCAGGAGGCGGAAUCCGUGAUCGAUGAUAACCCGACAAGCGAAUCCUGUUCAGCGCUGAGAAGCACAGUUCUCCUCAACCAAGGCAAGGUCUACAGGGACUGCGGAGACUACGUCAAGGCCGAAAACCUCUACGCACAGGCCCUCGAUAGAAUCAGCAGCACCGCCGACGGGCUACUACACAGAGAGACCAAGCUAUACAUAUCCAGCUGCCACGCUAAUGUGCUCGGCACCCAAGCAGAAAGACUCCCUGAGGCCCUCAAGAUGAUCGACAAGACCAUCUUGGAGUGGGGUCAGUUCAACAGAGGCGCGGAGGAUGACCAGCGGGUGUUGAAUCUAAAGCAUGGCAAGGCCUCCAUACUGUCCCGGGUGCCGGGCAGGUUUGACGAAGCUCUGCCAUUGUUUGACAGCGUGAUUGAAACAACGGCGGAGAGGCUGACCAAAGAACAUCGCAAAACCCUCGCCAUGAGGUUGGGCCGUGCAGCGGCGCUCAGCGAUGAGGGCGGGUUGACGAAUCCGAGGCGCGCGGUGGACGAGCUCCGCGAGAUCCUUGACAAACAAGUCAACGUGUUGCAUCUUCCGGAAACACAUGUCAAUGUGAUUGCCACGGACCAUAACCUGGCCGGAAGCAACAAGCAUGAUAGGGCAUCAAGCGAGUCAAACUACGGCGACAACGAGGCCUGA